AUGAGCCCGCCACACACCAUGACAUCCAACGAGGUUUAUUUGCUGCCGCUCAACGAUGAUGGCUCACCUCAGGUGCAGGGCGAAUACAUCUAUCUCGCUCCCAGGUCUCAGGAACCUUUAACGGUUCGCUUUGCCAUCGAGGGUACCUCGUCCAUCUGUCGUCACGGCAGCCUUUGGGUCAAUAUUCCCGAUGAAGGCGCCGAAUUUCGCCGCGAUCAUUUUCGCGAGUUCAAACUUACACCCGAUUUCAACCGCACACUCGAAAUCUCCAUUCCCAUCCACCAGCCUGGUGCCUAUGCCUUCUACACCACUUAUGCCGAGCUCCCUGAGCUCAAGAAAGAGCUAAAAAAUAGCUCUGAACAAAAGGAAAACCUCAAAAAGACCCCUCUUUACUACAUUGAUGUUGCGCCGAGACUCAAGCUUGAUGGCCGGCCCUUGCCGCUGCCUGCCUUGUCCAUCUUCUCUGUCAUUAGCAAGUUCAUGGGCAAAUACCCCAAUGAUUGGGAGCGCCACCUUCAUGGCAUCAGCGAUCGUGGAUACAACAUGAUUCAUUUUACUCCUCUUCAAGUCCGCGGUAUAUCCAACUCUCCAUAUAGUUUGUAUGACCAACUCGGCUGGGACCCAGCCUGUUUCCCCGCUGGUGAGGAUGAUGUGCAGAAGAUGGUAGACAGUCUCGAACGCAACCAUUCCCUGCUGAGCUUGACGGACAUUGUUCUAAAUCACACAGCCAACAACACCAAAUGGCUCGAGGAACACCCUGAGGCUGGUUACAAUCUACUCACUGCCCCAUGGCUGGAGCCCGCUUACCAACUCGACACAAGUCUCUUGGAGUUGAGCGACAACCUGGCGAGGCUCGGACUUCCCACCGACGUUAAGUCCACUGACGAUCUGAUGCUCAUCAUGGACGCCAUCAAGACCGAAGUCCUCGCCAAGAUUAGGCUAUGGGAAUACUAUGCGCUCGACGUUGAUCGAGACGCCGACGAGGCAGUCAAGGCGUUUUCAAAGGGUAGUAAAUACAGCUCUGAUGACACCGCGGAUUUCGAGAAGAAGUUGGAGAAAGCCAAAUCUGGGUCGGUCAAAGAGCAGGUCGAUUUCUUCAGAGAGGUCGGUUUGGCUGGCACUGACCGAAUGGGCGAGCGCUUCCGCAAGCGCGUGAAACCUGAUGUCGCCGCAGGCUUCUUGGCAGGUUCUUCGGACGAGAAUGUUGCUAGGGCCAAAAUCGUCGAGAUUUUGAAUAUCCUCAAUGUUGACUUCUACAAGGAGUACGACGCUGAAGUGGAUGAUAUACUCCAGCAGAUCUUUAACAGGAUUAAGUAUGUUCGACUCGAUGAACAUGGCCCCAAGCUUGGUGAGAUUAACAAGGAGAACCCCUUGAUUGAGUCUUACUUUACUCGUCUGCCUAAAAACGACACAACAUCCAAGCUCAAGCCUGAAGAGAUGGCCUUGGUCAACAACGGAUGGGUUUGGGGGGGCAAUGCACUGGUUGAUAAUGCAGGCCCUGACUCAAGGGUCUACCUUCGCCGAGAAGUCAUCGUCUGGGGUGACUGUGUCAAGCUGCGAUACGGUUCAGGGCCCAAAGACAACCCUUGGCUGUGGGAGCACAUGAUCAAAUAUGCUCGUACACUCGCCAAGUACUUUGCAGGUCUUCGCAUUGACAACUGCCACUCUACUCCGAUUCACGUUGCUGAGCACAUCCUCGACGAGGCGCGCCGCGUGCGGCCUGACCUAUAUGUAGUCGCUGAGCUGUUCACGGGUUCUGAAGAGAUGGACUACGUAUUUGUGAAGCGUCUUGGUCUCAGCUCGCUCAUUCGUGAAGCCAUGCAGGCAUGGAGUACAGCUGAACUCAGCCGGCUUGUACACAGGCAUGGUGGUCGACCUAUUGGCAGUUUUGAGGUUGAUGAAGUCUCUAAGUCUGAUGCGCGCACUCCAUCAAGCAGCCCUACAAGACUCAAGAAUGGUGACACAAAUGGAAAUGGGCCGCGAUCCAGAGAAAUUAUUCGAGCGAUCAAGCCCAGUCCUGUACAUGCACUUUUCAUGGACUGCACUCAUGAUAAUGAGACACCAGCACAAAAGCGUGAUGCUCGUGACACUUUACCCAACGCUGCUCUCGUCUGCAUGUGCUCCAGUGCCACUGGAAGUGUCAUGGGUUACGAUGAAAUUUACCCCAAGCUCGUGGAUCUGGUCAACGAGACUAGGCUUUAUACAUCUGCCUCUUCCGGAUCAAAGCCGAUCAAGAUAGGAGGCGGCGAGGACGGUAUUGGCGGCAUCAAGAAGCUUCUCAACCAGAUUCACACUUUGAUGGGCAAGGACGGAUACGACGAAACUCAUAUCCACCACGAGGAUCAGUAUAUUACUGUUCACCGAGUACACCCUGAAUCCCGCAAGGGUUACUUCCUCAUCGCACAUACUGCCUUCCCAGGCUAUGGUAACGGAAAUGGCGACUUUAGUCCUGUUCAUCUUACUGGUACCAAGGCUCGACACCUGGGCAGCUGGAUGCUCGAGGUUGACGCUAGCGAAGAGGCGACGAAGCAAGCGCUCAGCGACAAGAAGUACCUGCGCGGCUUGCCUAGUCGGGUCAAGGAUGUCCCCGGCAUUCGAAUGGAAGUCAACGGCGACGACACUACCAUCACUGUGCGUGACAGGUUCCCCCCGGGAAGCAUCGCCCUCUUUGAGACCUGGAUCCCCGCUGCCGAGCAUUCCUCGGGCUUAGACAACUAUGUCACCUCAGGAGCCAAGGCGGCGUGGAGUGAACUCAGCUUGUCUGAUCUCAAUUUCCUCAUGUACAGAUGCGAAGCUGAGGAAAGAGCCGAGAGCGAUGGUCGAGAUGGUGUUUACGAUAUUCCUGGGCAUGGAAAGCUUGUCUAUGCUGGUCUCCAGGGAUGGUGGAGCAUUCUCAACAACAUCAUCAAGGAAAAUAACCUGGCUCAUCCAUUGUGUCAAAAUCUUCGUGAUGGUGAAUGGGCUCUAGAUUUCAUUCUGGCAAGACUACAGAGAAUUAGCGCUACUCCCGGAAACGAGGCAGUCGCUGAGCCUUUGAAAUGGCUACAAGAGCGAUUCGAGGCGAUCCGGAAGAUUCCCAGUUUCCUACUUCCUCGAUACUUUGGUCUUGUCUUGCGCACUGCGUACAUGGCAAGCUGGGAGCGGUCACUGCAGCUUAUGAACGCCAGCGUGCGAGACGGCCAGUGGUUCCUGCAAAGCCUAGCCAUGGUCAGUGUACAGCAGGUCGGCUAUGUUAAGUCAGCAUCUUUGUGGCCCAACAAGUUGGUUCCUUCUCUGGCUGCUGGUCUUCCCCACUUUGCUGUGGAAUGGGCUAGAUGUUGGGGUCGAGAUGUGUUUAUCGCUCUCCGUGGACUUCUUCUUGGCACUGGUCGUUUUGACGACGCCAAGGAACAUAUCCUCGCGUUUGCCAGCGUGUUGAAGCAUGGUAUGAUCCCCAACCUUCUCAGCAGUGGCGACGCGCCCAGGUACAACUCUCGAGAUUCAAUCUGGUUCUUCCUCCAGUGUAUCCAGGACUACACACGAUUUGCUCCCGAGGGCCUAGACAUCCUCAAGACCAAGGUCAAGCGUCGUUUCCUACCUUAUGACGAUACUUGGUUCCCUACCGAUGAUGAGAGAGCAUACUCCAAGGAGAGCACCAUUGAGGAGGUGAUCCAAGAAGCUCUCCAAAGACAUGCUACCGGAAUGAAGUACCGGGAGGCUAAUGCUGGUCCCCAGAUUGAUUCCCAGAUGAAGGAUGAAGGCUUCAACCAGGAUAUUCAUGUUGACUGGAACAAUGGUAUCAUCUUUGGUGGCAACCAAGAUAACUGCGGUACCUGGAUGGACAAGAUGGGCGAAAGUGAGCGAGCAGGCUCCAAGGGUGUUCCCGGUACUCCUCGUGAUGGAGCUGCCAUUGAGAUCACCGGUAUGCUGUACAGCACUCUGGACUGGCUUGCUGGACUCCACGGAAAAGGCAAAUAUGCGUACGCGGGUGUAGAGAAAUCCGACGGUGGCUCUAUCUCACUCGCUGACUGGGCAAGUCUUCUCAAGGCCAACUUCGAGCGAUGCUACUAUGUUCCCGUCUCGGCUGAAGAUGAUUCCAAGUACGAUGUCAACACUCCUAUCGUCAACCGUCGCGGAAUCUACAAAGAUCUGUACAAGUCUGGCAAGGAGUAUGAGGAUUACCAGCUGCGUCCCAACUUUGCUAUCGCCAUGACCACCGCACCGGCUCUCUUUGACCCUGAUCACGCAAUGCAUGCUCUGUGUGUUGCAGAUGAGGCUCUCCGAGGACCUCAAGGAAUGGCAACUUUGGACCCUGCGGAUCUCAACUACCGCCCUUACUACGUCAACAGUGAAGAUAGUGAUGACUUUGCAACAAGCAAAGGCCGUAACUACCAUCAGGGACCUGAGUGGAUCUGGCCCACUGGAUUCUUCCUUCGAGCCCUCCUCAAGUUCGACCUGAAGAGGAGAACAACAGCCGAAGAUCGCACUGAGGCAUUCCAGCAAGUUACCAGAAGACUGGGUGGGUGCAAGAAGAUGAUCCAGGAGAGCCCCUGGGCUGGUCUUCAGGAGUUGACACAAAAGAACGGCGAAUACUGCGCCGACUCUAGCCCCACACAAGCAUGGUCGGCAGGUUGUCUGAUUGACUUGUACAUGGAUGCUGUGGAAGAACAAAAUGGGGCAUAG